GGAAUUAUAUAAUACUAAUCAAUAACAUUCACCAUUGAUUUCUAGAAUUUCAAAUCAUUAACUUUGAGCUCUAAACUUCUGCCACUUUUCUCUCUCCAGAUCAAAAUUUUCACGACUAAGCCUGGUACUUUGUGGUCGAAAUGUCUCUUCCAAAGAUUGCCGUUAUAGGUGGUAAGUCGUUUUCUGGAUUCCAGUAUAAAAUUAUGCAGGUUCUAAUAAAUUACAGCUGGCCCAGCGGGGUUAACUUUUGCUCGUCUCGUUCAAUACAAUGGCAUUCCAUGUACCAUAUUCGAGUUAGACGAAGAUCGAAAUGCACGUACUCGAGGAGGUACACUCGAUAUCCAUGAAGGAUCUGCUCAAGUUGCACUCCGUGAAGCUGGAUUGUAUGAACAAUUCUUGGCAGUUGCACGACCUGAGGGCGAAGUUCUCAAGAUCUACGACCCUUCUGGAAAUUUGCUUAUGGAUGAGAGCAAAGAUAUUGGUGAAAGCAGACCAGAUUCUUUCAAAGGCCGACCUGAAGUCGAUCGAGUCCAGCUCCGUAAUAUGCUUUUGGAUUCUCUUGAGCCCGGUAGCAUCAAGUGGGGACACAAACUACAACGUGUGGACACAUCCAUUGACGGAACCUCCCUCACAUAUGAUUUACACUUUAAGGAUUCUGUUGAGAGAGGGUUUGACUUGGUCGUUGGAGCGGAUGGAGCCUGGAGCAAAGUGCGCCACAUAAUCUCCAACACAAGGCCAAACUUCUCUGGAAUCACUGGAGUAGAAGCAAAAAUUUUGAACAUCGACCAGAAGGACCCAGCUCUUGCAAAAAGGGUAGGCUUGGGUAUGUGUCUCACUCUUGGUAACCACCAAACCGUAUUGUCACAGCGUAAUGGAGAUGGAUCUGUCCAAACAUAUGGAUUCUUCCGAAGACCUGAAGAUUGGCAAGAAAGCUGCGGUAUCAAUUGGUCCGCUCCUGGUGUUGGACAGAAGUUUGUGGAUAAAUACUACGAAGACUGGGACCAAGAUGCAAAGGACCUGAUAACCAAGAGUGAUGAGGAACCAAUCCCAAGGCCAAUGUAUAUGCUUCCAAUUGGGCAUAGAUGGCUUCACAGAGCUGGGUAAGAUACUUUUCAUGCCAUUCGCUUUUUCAUUCAUUGGGUCAUUGCCGAAUUUUGCCCCCUUCCACAGUUUAAGAACAUCAUCUGACCAUUUCUUAGUGCAACCCUGUUAGGUGAUGCAGCUCAUCUCAUGACUCCAUUUGCUGGCGUAGGAGUAAACGUUGCGAUGGAGGAUGCAAUGGAACUUGCAAGGGCUAUAAUUGCUCGCAAAGCAACCUGGGAAGGAAAAGAAAAAUUUAAUGAUGCAGAGGGUUUGUCGGAAGCUGUAAGAAAGUAUGAGCUGGCCAUGUUUGAUCGUGCAGAAGGUUAUGCGAAAGAAACUUGGAUGUACUUGAACCUUUUCUUCAACGAAAGAGGGGGACAUGCAAUGGUUGAAAGCUUUGCCGAACAAAAAAAGCAGCAGCAAAAGGAAGCCGAGUCGAAGAUUUUGGAAAAAGAGACGGUCAAUACCGAAGUUGUAAGCGCCUAGAGCUUUGACUUUAUUCAAUUUUCGGAGUUAUGGUUGGAGCCUAUUGUUAUGGACAGGUAGAUAAAACUGUUAAUCGUCCUCAAUUAUCUUGAAAUUAAUGUCGAUUCCAAAAUCCUAUGUUACAGUCGCGAGAAUGGUGAGACUGCUUGUUGGGAUAAAUGAAUGAUAUGGUAAAGUCAUCUGUCCUGCA